AUGUCUCUGAAACGAGCACGGGCCCAGCUUUCGGGUUCUGGCUAUGGGCUUGAAGACUUCUGGGUUGAUGAAGAUGACAAAGCUGCUUCAGCCGCUGCUGGUGCUAAGUUUAGAAGCUUUCUUCUGGAAAGAUACACCGAGGGCACGUUUACUGCAACCGACACUUGCCUUCUGGCCUACUACCAUACCGAAAGUGGGGGUGAAGGCGCCGAAGAUCUAGCCCUAGCACCAGACCAAGCCUCGACUCAUGGAUCCGAACACUUGAAGUACCACCUUCGAAAGGAGUUUCCGGAACCUCGUGUACAGUGGGUUACAGUUCCUAUGAAUACGAAGGCCCAGCUUGUCAGGACUCCCAUGAAGCACCCCGUUCGUGUUGCCUCCGAUAUGAUUCGUGAUGAGCUGAAAGCCUUGAACCUGCUAGGGAAAUCAAAUCCUUGCAAAGAAACUGUGGCUACGUUCCUUGAGAAUGAUACAGCUCUCGGCGACCGGUACGAGAAGCACCCCGUCACAGUGCAAGCCCUGAACGAAGGGAUUCCCCGAGAACGUAUUGUGCCUUUGUCUGUGUACUUCGACGGUGUCCAGUACACCAAGAACAAGAAUUUUUUGGGAUUUUAUAUUACGAAUCUACGGACUCCAAAACAACAACGAUUGGUAUGGCUGCUGAGACUCUCGGAUUUAUGCCAAUGCGGCUGCCGGGGCUGGUGCUCCGUGUGA